AUGACACUGUUUAUACACCUUUUGGAGUUUUUUGACAUCAAAAGCUUUUUGCUUUUUCUUGCCGUGUUUCUUCUGGCAUUUGACUACAUAAAGAGUAAACCGCCAAGGAAUUUUCCUCCAGGACCAUGGUCCCUACCUUUUAUAGGAGACUUACAUCAUGUAAAUGCCAACAGCGUCCACCUACAGAUGUUACAGUUUUCUAAAAAAUUUGGGCCCGUCUUCAGUAUCAAAUUUUUUGGACCAAGGAUUGCUGUAAUCAAUGGCCUCAAACAUGUUCGAGAGGUAUAUCAAGCAGACAGCUUUGCUGAUAGGCCAGACAUGCCACUACUGACUGACCUCUUUGGAGACAAAGGGCUGAUUUUUUCAAGUGGAUAUGCGUGGAAACAACAAAGGAGGUUUGCUCUGCACACUUUGAAAAAUUUUGGAUUGGGCAAAAGAAGCCUUGAACCAUCUAUCCUUCAGGAAUGCAGAUCUCUAAACGAAGCUCUCCUAAAUGAACAAGGUAGACCAUUUGACCCACAAUGGCUUGUAAACAAUGCGGUGUCCAACAUCAUCUGUGUGCUGGUGUUUGGGGAGCGUUUUGAGUACACCGAUGAUGACUUCCAAUCCCUCCUGAAGGACAUCAACGAGUUAGUAUAUCGAGAGGGAGGAAUUUGGGCCAGGCUGUACAACAUAUUUCCAUGGCUAAUGCGGAGAGUGCCUGGCCCGCAUGAGAAAAUCUUUUCCCUGUUGCGCAAACUCACAGCCUUUGUCCAGAAAAAAAUUGACGAACAUCAAGCAGACUUUGAUCCAUCCAACCCUAGGGACUAUAUUGACUGUUUUCUUGAUGAAAUGGAAAAGUUGAAAGAGGACAAAGCAGCAAAAUUUUCCUUGGAGAACUUGUGCUACUGCACCAUGGACUUAUUUAUAGCUGGAUCUGAGACCACGUCCACCACCUUGUACUGGGGACUGCUGUAUAUGAUCAACUAUCCUGACAUUCAGAGAAAGGUGCAGGAGGAGAUAGACCGAAUGGUGGGAUCUUCAAGACAGCCCUCUGUGGCCGACCGGGAGAACAUGCCUUACACAGAUGCUGUGAUCCACGAAACUCAGAGAUUUGGCAACAUCCUUCCUUUCAAUUUGGGCAGGAGGGCCACCAAAGACACCCACGUCGGAAACUACACAAUUCCCAAGGGCACAACAGUGAUUGGCACCCUGACUUCCAUUUUGUUUGACGAGACAGAGUGGGAGACCCCUCACACCUUCAACCCAGGUCACUUCUUGGAUGCAGAAGGAAAGUUCAGAAGAAGGGAGAACUUCCUACCAUUCUCUACGGGGAAAAGAGUGUGUCUGGGAGAGCAACUGGCUAGAAUGGAAUUAUUCCUGUUCUUCACCUCUCUGCUGCAGCGAUUCUCUUUCUCACCACCAGAUGGCGUAGAACCAAGUUUGACCUACAAACUUGGAGCCACUCACAGCCCCCAACCUUACCAGCUCUGUGCUCUUCCUCGCUGACAUGCUUAAAAUCUGAUGCCAAACUGUAUGACAAUAUAGAGUAUCCAACAUGGAAGAGAUGCUGCAUCAUAGCAACGCAACCUUUUUUGUUCAGGUCCUGAUGGCAUGGUAUCCAUGGAUUUCUUAUGUUGUCAACCAUUAUGCUGCGCUUGCACACAAGAAUUCCAAAAUACUAUCAGCUAGUUGUUUAGCAUUGAAAGUCCCAUUGGAGCAGUGUCGUGUGUGGUUAGAACCUGUUUUCUAGUCGGUUGGACGCUAUAGCUUUGCGUGAGCUUAUACUGUAGUUUAGGUGGCUUCUGUGCUCCUGGCAACCCUGGGAGAACAUAUAUUAUUGUGUGUACAUCGUUUUAUAUGCUCUGUAAAUUAAUGUAUAUCGUAUCACACCAAUCACAUAUAAUAGCCAGCCGAAAAGACAACAGGUGCUUGUCAUAUGUACACUGUGCAGGGCUCCAAUGGGACCUCCCAUUUUAAACACCAAGCCACUUAGCAUUUUGGUAUUUAGCAUUUAGCAUUUCUUGUCUGUGUGCACAGCGAAAUGUUUUACAACAUCGGAAAUACGUGUAUAGGUAGGGACAUGCUUGCUGCAGGAAAUGUGUGCGCAGGCACAUUCCGUGCAUAAACUUGUGUCAAUUUUGCAAGGAGAACACCUGACACAAGGUACACAGGCACGUACAUACAGUGCAAUAUUGACAAAACCGUGGGGGUGAUCUUGUGAACUUUCAUGUUGAGGUUAACAUUGAGUCAAAAAAUAACGGAAAACAAUAACGAGAGCCCUGUUGCCUUUCUGCGCCUAGAUGAUACUUCCAGUAUCUUGUUAAGUUUUCUAGUCGUCCUGAAUCAAGGAUAUGGUUGGUCGCACACAUUUGCAGCAAAAAUGUCCUUGGUCUUCAUCUUAACUUACUGUAUAUACAUUAUAAAUCAGGUUACUGUAAAUUGAAAUUUUAACUUUGUAACUUCUGCUGUCUCUUGACCAGGACGCUCUGGCAAAAGAGAUAAUUAAUCCCAAUGGGUCUUUUCUCCUGGUUAAAUAAAAGUUGAAUAAAUUUUGUAUAUAAAAAAAUAAGUAACGUGUUGUUGGGAAAUGUUAAUGGUGUGUAAGCUAUAAGGAUGGCUACGGCCAGGCUAGUUCUGAUCGUGGGCAACUUGCAUGUCCUCACAAAUCAUCCUUUUUUGCAUACUGUCCCCACACAUCCUCCAGAAUUACACAUAGGUAUAUCCUGUAUGGUGCCUUUUAACACAGUCCCUGUUAUAAAUUAGCUGUUACCAGAAUGGCAAUGACUACAUUGUAGUGUAUCACUAAAAGCCCUGUGCAUUGUCAUAAAGGUGUAAUACUAUGGUAGUAAAGCUUUUUCAGCGACUAAACGUUACACUAGUGGAACAGCGUCUUAAUUUGUGUUAAUUAAAGGGACAGUUUGGUCAAUUUCAACAUGCAGUUGUAAUGCUCACACUACCCUGGACUUGUCAGUGCCUGAGAUUUUUUCUUCUUCUUCUUCAGCCGUUUCCGAGAUCCUGGUCAUUGUAAUGGGGGCAGCUCUUUGUUUACAUUUCAAAAAAACAUUUUUAUUUAUUCCCAAAAACAUCCAAAGGGUUAUACAACAUCAGCAGACAACUAGCAAACAGCAGUACCUUUUGGGAAAAUAUUUGGAGUUGGCCUAUGUUUCAUUUUUAAAAAAUGUAAACAAACGCUGCCCCCAUUAGAAUUGCUCAUAUCUCGGAAAGGGCUGAGCCGAAAAA